ACCAGCCCCUGUGUGUACCCAUUCUCUCGCUUCCUCUGUCUUCUUCAUCUCCCUUCUUUGCACUCCAGCUGGGCUACAAUGUCUCACCAAGCCACUGUCAAGAUCCAGAGGAAAGGCUUCAGCAAUUCCUCUGCCAUCCUGCCUAGCACUAGCCGCACCAGCUUCAGUUCACGCACCGUGUCCAGGGGUGGAAGCUGCAGUGCUGGUGGUGCAGGGUUUGGUAGAGUUGGUGGUGGUGCUGGCUUUGGCAGCCGAAGCCUCUACAAUUUUGGUGGAUCUAAGAGGAUCUCAGGUUUUGGAGGAGUUUCUGGUGCUGGUUACUGUGCCAGCAUUGGUGGUGGCUAUGGGCUUGGUGGAGGCAGCAGCUAUGGGCUUGGUGGAGGCAUUGGUAGUGGCUUUGGGGUAAUUGGAACUGGUUUUGGUGGCCCUGGCUUCCCUGUUUGCCCACCUGGUGGAAUCCAAGAAGUGACCAUCAAUCAACACCUGCUGACACCCCUUAAUCUGGAGAUCGACCCUACCAUACAGAAAGUCCGCAAAGAAGAGAGGGAGCAAAUCAAGACACUCAAUAACAAAUUUGCUUCUUUCAUUGAUAAGGUACGUUUCCUUGAACAGCAGAAUAAGGUAUUGGAAACCAAGUUGACCUUGCUUCAGGAACAAGGCCAGAAAACAUGUAAAAGCAACAUAGAACCUCUUUUUGAAAUGUAUAUCAACGAUCUGAGGAAAAAGCUGAAUAACCUGGAAAAUGAUAGAGGAAGACUCCUUGGAGAACUGAAUAACAUCCAAAACCUUGUGGAGGACUGCAAGAAUAAAUAUGAAGAUGAGAUCAACAAGCGGGCAACUGCAGAGAAUGAUUUUGUCACACUCAAGAAGGAUGUGGAUGCUGCCUACCUGAACAAAGUAGAGUUAGAAAGCAAGGCUGAUUCUUUGAAUUGUGAAGUCAACUUCCUCAGAGCCCUGUAUGAAGAGGAACUUGCCCAGAUGCACACACAAAUCUCUGACACUUCCGUGGUUCUCUCAAUGGACAACAACCGAAACCUGGACAUGGACAGCAUCAUUGCUGAAGUAAAAGCCCAAUAUGAAGACAUUGCAAACAAGAGCAGGGCUGAAUCUGAAACUUUCUACCAAUGCAAGUAUGAAGAACUCCAGACUGCAGCUGGAAGACAUGGUGAUGACCUUCGCAACACCAAGCAAGAGAUCUCAGAAAUAAAUCGACACAUCCACAGACUGCGAGCUGAAAUUGACAAUGUGAAAAAGCAGUGUGCCAAUCUGCAGGCAGCCAUUGCUGAAGCAGAAGAACGUGGCGAGCUUGCUCUCAAAGAUGCAAGGCAGAAAUUGGCUGAGCUUGAGGAUGCUCUCCAGAAAGCCAAACAAGAUAUGGCUCGCCAGCUGAAGGAGUACCAGGACCUGAUGAAUGUCAAGCUGGCCCUAGAUAUUGAGAUUGCCACCUACAGGAAGCUGCUGGAAGGAGAAGAAUGCCGGCUGGCUAGUGAUGCAUCAGGAGCUGUGAACAUCUCUGUUGUGUCUUCAACUGUUUCGCGUGGAGGUGCUGCUGGCUGCGGCAUUGGCUAUGGCGGUGGGAGCAGCCUCAGCCUAGGAGGAGGCAGUGGUUUUGGAGUAGGAGGAGGCGGCCUGGGAAUUGGCAGCGGGCACGGCAUUGGAGGAGGCAGCUACAGCUCUGCAAGCGGAAGAGGGAUCGGAGGAGGCAUGAGCCUGGGAGGUGGUGGCUCCUCCAGUGUGAAAAGUGUGAAAUAUGUCUCCACGUCUCAGAAAAGUUACAGAAGCUAAACCUAAAGAUCAGGCAGCCCUUUAAACAUGGAAAUGGAACAUGAACCACCCGACUUGGACUUUUGUCUACAUAGUACACAUAACUUUGGACAGCCAGUUUGUUUGCUCUCACUUGGCAAUAUGCAAUAACCUGCUUUUCAAAUGAUCCCUCCAUACUGUACUGAGAUCUGCUAACAGCUCAUUUUGUACACAUCUGUCACUUUACUUUCCCCUCCUUGUUGUCUUUCAAGGUUGAGUGCUAAAUUUUCAGAUUUUGUAUAAACUAGUUUAUUCUUUGCGCUUUGGUUUGUUUGUUAUUGUCCAAUAAAAUGCAUAUUGUAAUUUA